CCCUCGCCGCGCUCCUUGCAGAGCAAGCCCGGUGCCGCCCGCCCCCGUCCCCCCACCCCCGCGUUUCUGUCUCCCGGGCCGGCGCGCGCGGCUCCCGUCACUUGAACGCGCGGCGGCGGCGGGAAGAUGGCGGAGUCCGGUGGCGGUGGUGGCGCUGGUGGCGGCGGCUUCGGAGCGGGCCCGGGCCCCGAGCGCCCCAGCAGCAUGGCUGACAAAAAUGGAGCUCUCAAGUGCACCUUCUCGGCGCCCGGCCAUAGCACCAGCCUGCUGCAGGGCCUUGCUGCCCUCCGUGCCCAGGGCCAGCUCCUGGACGUCGUGCUCACCAUCGACAGAGAGACCUUCCACGCACACAAGGUGGUCCUGGCCGCCUGCAGCGACUACUUCAGGGCCAUGUUCACGGGUGGCAUGCGGGAGGCGAGCCAGGAUGUCAUCGAGCUGAAAGGCGUGUCGGCCCGCGGCCUGCGGCACAUCAUCGACUUUGCCUAUAGCGCCGAGGUGACGCUAGACCUGGACUGCGUGCAGGACGUGCUGGGUGCGGCCGUGUUCCUGCAGAUGCUUCCCGUGGUGGAGCUGUGCGAGGAGUUCCUCAAGGCCGCCAUGAGCGUGGAGACCUGCCUGAACAUCGGCCACAUGGCCACCACCUUCAGCCUGGCCUCGCUCAAGGAGUCGGUGGAUGCCUUCACCUUCCAGCACUUCCUGCAGAUUGCUGAGGAGGAGGACUUCCUGCACCUGCCGCUGGAGCGCCUCGUCUUCUUCCUGCAGAGCAAUCGGCUGCAGAGCUGUGCCGAGAUCGACCUGUUCCGCGCCGCGGUUCGCUGGCUGCAGCACGACCCGGCCCGGCGGCCGCGCGCCAGCCACGUGCUCUGCCACAUCCGCUUCCCGCUCAUGCGGUCGUCGGACCUGGUGGACAGCGUGCAGCCGCUGGACAUCAUGGUGGAGGAUGUGCUGUGCCGGCAGUACCUGCUGGAGGCCUUCAACUACCAGGUGCUACCCUUCCGGCAGCACGAGAUGCAGUCCCCGCGCACGGCCGUGCGCUCGGACGUGCCCUCCCUGGUCGCCUUCGGCGGCACGCCCUACACGGACAGUGACCGCUCCGUCAGCAGCAAGGUGUACCAGCUGCCCGAGCCCGGUGCCCGCCACUUCCGUGAGCUCACGGAGAUGGAGGUGGGCUGCAGCCACACGUGCGUGGCCGUGCUGGACAACUUCGUGUACGUGGCGGGCGGCCAGCACCUGCAGUACCGCAGCGGCGAGGGCGCGGUGGACGCCUGCUACCGCUACGACCCCCACCUGAACCGCUGGCUGCGGCUGCAGGCCAUGCAGGAGAGCCGCAUCCAGUUCCAGCUGAACGUGCUGUGCGGCAUGGUGUAUGCCACGGGUGGCCGCAACCGGGCCGGCAGCCUGGCCUCCGUCGAGAGGUACUGCCCGCGGCGCAACGAGUGGGGCUACGCCUGCUCUCUGAAGCGCCGCACCUGGGGCCAUGCCGGCGCCUCGGCGGGGGGCCGCCUCUACAUUUCGGGGGGCUACGGCAUCUCGGUGGAGGACAAGAAGGCGCUGCACUGCUACGACCCCGCCGCUGACCAGUGGGAGUUCAAGGCGCCCAUGAGCGAGCCCCGCGUGCUUCACGCCAUGGUGGGUGCCGGCGGCCGCAUCUACGCCCUCGGGGGCCGCAUGGACCACGUGGACCGCUGCUUUGACGUGCUGGCCGUGGAGUACUACGUGCCUGAGACAGACCAGUGGACCAGCGUGAGCCCCAUGCGGGCUGGCCAGUCAGAGGCCGGCUGCUGCCUGCUGGACAGGAAGAUCUACAUUGUGGGGGGCUAUAACUGGCGUCUCAACAACGUGACGGGCAUCGUGCAGGUGUACAACACAGAGACGGACGAGUGGGAACGCGACCUGCACUUCCCAGAGUCGUUCGCGGGCAUCGCCUGUGCCCCCGUCCUGCUGCCCCGGUCAGGGACCAGGAGGUAGCUCCCGGGACCCGUGGGACCCGGCCCAGCCUCAUGCCGUCUCUGCCAGGGGUUUUGGUGAGCACACACCGGGGCUGAGGACCACAGAACCACCCCCCCCCCACCCCA